AAUCCCGCUGCAACUGCACGUAAGCAUCUCACACGCUUCUGUCUCGCCUCUCCCCGUUGGCGUGCGCGUGUGUUUCGCUUUUUCUCUCUCGCUUUCUUCUUCCCUCUCCCUCUCCUUCUCCUUCCUCCCCCCCGACACGCGCACUCACACGCACACCGCACCGCCACACCCGCCUCCACAAUCUAAACCCCUCUCUCCCCCUCCCCUCCUCUCCGGCGAUGCUGCCGCGUCGCCGCGCGGGGCCCCUCCGCCUCCUCCGUCUCCUCCUCGUCCUCGUCGUUGCCUUCGCGGCGGUGGUCGCAUUCUGCCCCGCGGCGGCGGCUGCGGCGGGGGAGGGGGUGGGGGUGGUGGAGGAGGAGGAGGUGCGGGUGGGCGAGGCGGCGGCGGCGGUGGCGCGCGGGGAAGGGGACGACGCGGUGGUGGCGGCGGCGGUGGCGGGAGGGGAGGUGGCGGGCGAGGCGGGGGCGGGGUUGGGGGAGGGGGCGGCGGCGGCCAAUGCGACGGGGAAGGAAGGGAGCCUCGCGGAGAUGAUCGACCGCGCGCUGGAGAAGGAGUUCCCGGAGUCCGAGGGCGAGCAGGGCGGCGGAGAGAAGGACCCCGGCAGCUUCAACAACACGGUGGCUGAGAAGCAGGGAGUCCUGGAAACUGUGGCCAGAAGAGUAACAAAGAAGAAUGAGACCAAAGACAAUAAGUCAUUCCCAUUUAAGGAAGUUUUCUUGGAUCGGCCAGAGCAAGAGGAUGUUCCCACAUUGAUUGAUCGGAAGGAUAAUGUUUUUAUUAUAUCAAAUCCGAAGUCAAAAUACCCUGUGCUGCAACUGGACCUUAGAUUGAUAUCGGAUCUUGUCGUUGUUAUUGUGUCUGCUACAUUUGGUGGAAUUGCCUUUGCUUGCCUUGGGCAACCUGUGAUUACAGGUUAUUUACUUGCAGGAUCUAUAAUUGGACCAGGAGGUUUUAGCUUUGUCAGUGAAAUGGUGCAAGUUGAAACAGUAGCUCAGUUUGGUGUGAUAUUUCUGCUGUUUGCUCUGGGACUUGAAUUUUCUACAGCAAAACUUCGAGUUGUUCGUGCGGUUGCUGUUGUUGGAGGAUUGCUCCAAAUCAUCCUGUUCAUGUUGCUUUGUGGUAUUUCUGCUACGCUAUGUGGAGGCAAAACAAAAGAAGGUGUUUUUGUUGGUGUUCUUCUUUCUAUGUCUUCAACGGCUGUGGUUUUGAAAUUUCUGAUGGAAAGAAAUAGCAUCAAUGCCCUUCAUGGCCAAGUUACGGUUGGCACACUCAUAUUGCAGGACUGUGCUGUUGGUCUUCUUUUUGCACUUCUUCCAAUUCUGAGUGGCGCUUCUGGUCUUCUUCAAGGAGUUGCAUCAAUGGCCAAGUCGUUGGUGGUAUUGAUAACAUUCCUUACAAUCCUUUCCAUCCUCUCCCGAACUGGUGUGCCUUGGUUUCUUAAGCUGAUGAUAAGUCUUUCAUCUCAGACAAAUGAACUGUACCAGUUGGCAGCUGUUGCAUUCUGCUUGUUGUUUGCUUGGUGCAGUGAUAAGUUGGGCUUGAGUCUUGAGUUGGGUUCGUUCGCAGCUGGAGUAAUGAUAUCAACAACUGAUCUUGCACAACACACACUUGAACAAAUUGAACCUAUUCGAAACUUCUUCGCUGCUCUUUUCCUUGCCAGCAUUGGGAUGCUAAUUAAUGUCCAUUUCCUUUGGAACCAUGUCGAUAUACUCCUUGCAGCUGUGAUUUUGGUGAUAACUGUAAAGACGUUUAUUGUUGCUGUUGUCGUUAAAGGGUUUGGCUAUAGCAACAAAACAUCUCUUCUUGUUGGCAUGUCUCUUGCACAAAUAGGAGAGUUUGCUUUUGUUCUUCUAAGCCGUGCUUCAAGCAUCCAUCUGAUUGAGGGCAAACUUUAUCUGCUUCUUCUUGGAACCACUGCACUCAGUCUGGUAACAACACCCCUUCUAUUCAAAAUGAUACCCGCGGUGGUCCACCUCGGUGUUCUCUUGAGAUGGUUUUCUGUUGAUAGCAAUCAGGUGGAGUUGGGCCUAAAAAGUGAUGGCCUCCGCAUCGAUAGCGGCAAGCGCAUAAAUUUGAUAGUCCAAGGCUCACAUGACUCAUGACAUAUUUUGGCACCACGCAAAAGGCUUACUACUUUUUAAGUAUGGCUUACGCUAAACAGCUCCACAUUGUAAAGUGUUUUUUCGCAUGUACGAAAAGUGUUUGUACCACACAUGCACGGCCGUGGAACCUGUGGAGUGGAGUGGAGGCAAAAGAAAUCAAUCAAUCUCGUUUCGGUUGUCUUGGGAUAGAUUGAUCUGCGAGUGGUGCAAUGGGCAAUAGAGUUUGCCGGUUUUGGGAGGAGAGCAGCAUGCAGCAUACCUGCCUUGGGAUGAAUGGCGGUGUGCUGCAUCGCUCGCUGGAAAUUUGAGUGUGUAAACCCCACAAAUGAGGGUUUUCUAUGUAACAUAACAAUGUAUGCUGAUUAAUUGAUUGGAUUAGCGAGAUAGGGUUUAGUUUGGCUUGGUCGUUACCAUGCCAUUGUAUUCAUUUUGUCAGCGCUUGUGUACGCGUUUCUCAUCGCGAAUUUUGCUGUGUAGUUUGUAACUAGUGACCUUUUACCAUUAUCUAACCUUGUCCGUUUCUAUUACU